AUGAACGUGACUGAUGGAAAUGCACUACUGUUUAGGUGCGGUAAGCAUGACUACAUGAAUCAAACUUUCUCACCAAAGGAGGUUUAUAACUGUGGUAUGCGCGAAGCGAAGCAGAAUCCCAAAGAAGAUUUUCCAGCCUAUCAAACAGGGCAUGACAUAUUUCUGGUUGCCACGCCUGCCUCAAGUCCACAGACGUUUACGUGUGGUAACGAGGGCUAUACAAAUGCAAGUUAUGAUUUAACUGCUUUUUAUUAUUGUGGCUUUUUUGAAGGGAAGGAUGCAGAAACUAAUGCCGGCGCACGUAUCCCUACAGCUUCUCAUUCCCUCAUCAAAAUCAUGAUAUUCCUGAUACUUAUAACUUAUGCCAUCGUGUGA